AUGUAUAAAAUGGAUUACUCCUACCUGAACUCUUACGACUCCUGCAUGGCGGCCAUGGAAGCCUCGGCCUAUGCGGACUUCAGCUCCUGCAGCCAGGCCAGCUCCUUCCAAUACAACCCCAUCCGGAGCGGGCCGUUCUCCAACCCGGGCUGCACGCCCCUCAGCUCGGCCAGCUGCACCCUCGGCGCCCUGCGAGAGCACCAGCCUACACCUUACUCCACAGUUCCUUACAAGUUCUUCUCGGACCCUUCCGGUCUGAACGAGAAGCGGAAGCAGCGGCGGAUCAGAACCACCUUCACGAGCUCACAGCUGAAGGAACUGGAGCGCGUGUUCGCCGAGACGCACUACCCGGACAUCUACACCCGCGAGGAGCUGGCGCUCAAGAUAGACCUGACGGAGGCCCGCGUGCAGGUCUGGUUUCAGAACAGGCGCGCCAAGUUCCGUAAGCAGGAGCGUGCCGCCAACGCCAAAUCCAACACCAGCAGCUCCGGCGGCAGCACGGGCAGCAGCGCCGGCGGCGGCGGAUCCGGGGGGAAAAAGAGCGGAGAGCCGAGGUCCUCCUCGGACGACGACGAAUCCAAAGAGUCCACCUGCAGCCCGACCCCCGACAGCACCGCCUCCCUGCCGGGCUCCGCCAACGGAAACAUGGGCAGCCCCGCCAGUCUGAGCCCGAGCCCCGCUCCCGUGAACAGCGGCUACGCCAACACGUCCAGCUCCCCGGUCCUGCAGGGCUUAAAGCCGCCCAGCUGGUCCAGCCUGGGGCCCUCUAACCCGGCCAUGGCCCAGCCUGCCGCCCAGACGCAGGAGAUCCUGAAGGCCUGGCAGCCGGCGGACAGUAUGACCGGGCCCUUUGCCGGCGUCCUGUCCACUUUCCACAGAAAACCCAACCCCGCCCUCAAGACGAACCUCUUCUGA